AUGGAAGAUGUCACUAUUGACAUUGGAAGACCUCUGAAUGCUCAGAAUCUGAAGAGCAUGGGGAUCAUUGAUCAAGUCAGAGCUAAACAAACACUAGACACCUCCUGGGAAGCACUCAGGGAUCAGAGGAAGAUUCCCAACGGGCUCUAUCUGUUCUCCAAGAUUGACCCUCAAGAAGUGGUAGCUUACUAUCUACAGAAUCUUGCCAAUCAAGGAGUGGACAUCUCUGAGUUCUCAAUGGACUGGCUACCUGAGCGUCCACCACACUUCAUGAAGAGGAUGCGAGAUCCCUCUAAGAAGUCCAAUAAGGCAAAGAAAGAAAAGCUGGGAGAAUCUUCUGGGUCAAGACCUCUAGUCUCUCUGGCUGGCUCUCCAAAAAUUCUGAAUGAAACUACCUCACCAUCAUCAUCAUCCUCACCUCAAUCCCCACCAUACUAUGUACUCUCCUAUGACAAUGAACCAUCUGACCCCCAAUCUCCCACUCUGUCUCAGCUACAAGCUCGUGCUCUGGCCUCUCAACAACCAUCACACACUAAACCUAAACCAAAUAUCACUUCCCCACCCCCUGAACAUCCAAAUCCAACUACAUCUGAACAACCUCAAACACCACCACCUGCACAACAACCAAAUCCACCUCCUGAACAACCAAUCAACUCUGAACCUCAACCAACCCACUCACCAUCUGAACCAAAUCCACAACCUGAACAAACAACACUGUCCCCCCUGCCCUUCCCACACCACCAACUUCUGUUGCCCCCAUCACUCCCACUCUGA